AUGGCGCUGACGGAUAAGCGGUGGCCAGGAUGUUUUGCAAAUCCUGGUAAGGUCGCUACAAGAGGACCCCUGUCCUUGGAGGAUUGGCUAACUUCCUCCCCGACUGUAUCAUUACGGUUCCAUCCUACAGUUAGAUCCUCUGUUUGGCACAUUCCAAGCCCUUUAGGGCUCCUGUAUUCAACAGGAGUUCCCUUUGACGUUAAACCUCCUCUUACAUACAAACCUGCCGAGUAUGCUCCUUAUUAA